UGCGCGUCGUCUCCCUCUCUGCGGCUCUUGCUGGUUGCUGUCAUCAUGCAGGUGGAAUCUGCGCAGUUCGGAAUAAGGAUCUCCUACAGACUCCCGAACCGAGCCGCUGCGUUCGGACUCGCGGGAGGACUUGGACCAACAACAGGAGCAAUAGAAACAUCCUUUUUAUUUUUAUACUACUUACCGUCAUUGUUUUUACUUGAUGACUUUUACAAAUGAUGAGUGCACAGAUGACUUUGAUCUUGGAGGCGUGGAUGCGGAAGAAAUAACUGUUGUGUUGCUCCAAAGUGUUGUUCCCUCCUGACGCACGCAGUCCAGCUCAGCGGGAGACGCAUAGGAUGCCAUAUGAACACCAUCCUGGAGGAAGUGACCCUCUCGGCUUGACAGCAGCAGGAAACAACCUGAAAUUGACCAGAAGGACGUGAUCUGCUCGGCUGGAACGCGCUGUAACGAUGGAAGAAAGCACGAGCGGCGAAACCCUCCCAGAUCUGAAAGAUAUAGAGAUGAAAAUCGGACGGAAGACUCCCGAGGGUCUGCUCAGGUGGAUCCGAGAAGAUGCGUCCUCUCUCCGGGGAGACACCAAACUGGCCGCCCUUCUUGAUACCAGUAAGGACAUCGGGAGAAAGAGUUUGGAUGACAAGAUUAGAAAACUGAGGAUGGAGAUGGCUCAUUUACGCUCAGUGGAUGUAAAGAUUCUGCAACAGUUACUUGCUGUCCACGAGGGUAUCGAGGCAGUGAAGUGGCUGAUGGAGGAGCGCAGCACGCUGACCAGCAAUUGCAGCAGCCUGACCAGCAGCCAGUACAGUCUAGUGGAAGGACCCGACACCUCCUGGAGGGGCUCCUGGAGCAGCCUGCAGGAUCCCACUAAUGACAAACUGGACAACAUUUCGAUUGGCAGCUACCUGGACACUCUGGCUGACGACAUGGACGAGUAUUGCCCCUCAAGCUCAGAGUCGGUCAUCUGCUCCACCACUCCAUUAGUCUCAGAGGCUACUGCUGGGGGUCACAUAACGGGAGGAUCUAGGGUCACGGUGUCUGGGACAGGACCUAGAAUGGGGGUCCGGUCAGGCAAUGGUGCUGGAACUGGGAUUUGGUCUGGGACAACUAACAGUCUAAAAAGGGAUGGAGGUGAGCCAGAGGUUAGAGGUGGACCUGUGAAUAUUGUGAGAAGUGUUGUUACUGCGGCUGAUAGCAGUGGAGCUGGAGAACCAGCAGUCACAUCCGAGGACUCCAAGUCAGAUGCUCCAGUCUGGACCAAGCCUGCAGGGGUGGAUAAAGCAAGCUUUGUUUCAAAGGAAAACACUCAGACACAGUCGAAGAAGGCUAAUGGCAUCAUGGAGAAACCAACAGCAAAUAUAAGCAGCCCAACUCGCAAAGGUCUCAGUGAGAAACUGGGAAAAAGCCAAAGCCCAAUAGUCAAGCCUUGCAAAAAUGGAAAAAUUGAUUUGGAAACAUGCAAACUGAACGGUAAAAUGCACCUGGAGUACGACGCUCACUGGCACUGGGUACAGUCACAAGAAGAUGUGACAUUUUUGUAAAAACAAUCUAGGUAAAGCGGACAAUAAAUGCUUGUUUAGCAGAAUCAAGGCCAAGUCAUCAAAGGUUAAAUAAGAGUGAAUUACAGAGUGAGACGCACACAGUGAGGCUUCCCUCAGUGGGUUUAAUAGACGUUAACAUAUCUAUCUGGUGUUCCCUUGUGGUGUUCCCACUGGUGUGGGAAUCUGGUGUUCCCGACACUAACUUUAUAGAAAACAGCAUUGAUGUCAAUAUUAAGGUGGAUGCACAUGACAGGAUUUAUGCCUGUUCUCCGGGCUGCCUCACAAAUGUAGAAGAAUAAAACACUUUCAAAAUCAGUGCUAUUCUUUUCUCAGGAUGAAAUUUAGCAUUCUCUGUUUUAAUUGAAUAUUUUUUAGUUUUUAUUACAAAUAAAGCACAGUGACGGGAUCUGCCAGAGAGAGACAUUUAAAGGUGCAAUAUGUAAGAAUGGAAUAAGAAAGAAAUCCUGUGGUCACAUUUUGGUGAGAGUCUGUUUUUCUGAACAAAAAGUGACUUUCUCACUCCCUUUCUGUGAGUUUCAUGGCAGUUGCCAGUUACAGCACCAGAAGAUUCUAGAGAAGUGAAGACAAGUCAUACUCUAGCCUCUUUUAGAAAACAAUGCCGCCAAUUUGCCACAACGCUGAGCCGGCAUCUGGGAGUCUUACCCCAAAAUUCCACUAUCUCCACUCCGCUGCGCUCCGCUCCGGCACGAACUCUGCAGCAAAAACGGUCCCGUUGUAGUCAAUCAGAGCUGUUCCACUACUGCAGCCGUGCGCCGCAGUCAAUGGACAGAAAUCACAACCGCCCAACAGGAAAGGGAGCAAGCACAACUUCCGUUAUUUCACAAUAAAUCGAUAACAAAAGCGUUUUUUUGUUUCAUAUGCACAGGUUUAACAACUUUUAACAACCAUCAAUGGCGGUUGAACUUUAAAUGCACAAAAAUAAGCCAUAAAUACAGUUUCCACUAUCAAAGUAGUCACACUUUGUUGAUCCAAACAUUGCUGAUCUCUCAACACAAAUGAUGGGCAGAUUAAACAGUUCAUUUCGAUGCUUCUCCCACACAACGGGUGUUUGGAUCUAACUUCCGCGUUUAUUGCUCGGACUAUCGCAAGAUCUCGAAAAUCCCGCGGAUGCCUGUUUGCGCACCUCAGUUCUCCGCACCGGAGCGGAGCCGUUGUAGAGCGGGUACCAGUAUAACUUGAGUUCAGAAACGAGCGGCAGCGGAAAGGGGGGGCGGAGCAAAGCGGAGAUAGUGGAAUUUUGGGGUUAGGUUGUUUAUAAGUGGUCAGACCUUGGUAGUGAUGUGGCGCAUUCGUGUCCUUUUUACAAAACAUUACGCAAUGCCGGUAUAAAGGGGUGUGGGGGCCUUUUUUUCUUGGACAUAACUGGCUUUUCAUUGCAAUCGUAGCUCCGCUCGUUAAGUUUUUUUAACAGGUCGUUCCUAAAGGUGUUUGUCCUCCACCGUCCUAAUCGUUCUCUGGUGAUCUGACCUCCAGUUCCAACAGAAAGAAGCUCCUGGAGCUCUGCAUCGCUCCAGUUUAUCAUGUCAGCUGGUUCUGUUAACAAAAGCAAAACUUACUGCUCGUGUUUACUUUCAUUUUCAAUGUAGUUGCCGGCCAGAGCUCGGCAGUAACUCCUCACGUGAUCAUGACGCCUCCCUCUGUUGCGCCAAGGCGUAAUAUGCAUUCACAAGUCCAGUGUUGCAGUAACAUUACUACUAAGUGUGGUGUUACUAAUCCUAUAAAAUUCCCUUAUUGCCAUGCCGCCACGGAGCAUUCAUAAGGGCAUCUCCACCGCCGCUACAUGCUUGCUUAGCAUGAGGAUUGCUGUAAAAUCACUGACGCAAGUCAGUGACUCGAUGCAAUUUUGAGGGUUCCUUAUAUAGGAAACUUUGUUUCUGAUUGGCUUAAUGAACUGACCUGUAUUGGAAUGUUUACUAUGUGAAGUGCCUUGAGACGACUCUUGUCGUGAUUUGGCGCUUUAAAAAUAAACUUGAAUUGAAUAAGACCCACCGUGGCGGCAGUAUUAUGCUGAUUUGCCAGCAUAGUGGGCCUUCUAAAAAAGGGCUAAAGUAAGUUGAUAAGUAGGUAAAUAUUUAUUUCUGGUGUUAGCACUCUUGGGUGUUUUACAGUAAAGAGCGCUUAAUACACUUUUGUCUAUCGCGUCGGAGGGAGUGUGGUUGUAUUAAUAUUCGCUUGCUGUUAUAGUUCUGAAUGACUCGUUAAAAGAAAUAAAACACCACGAUUGACUCAUUAUUAACUUCACACAUAUAUAUCACUGUAAUAUCAAGUUGCUUCUAAUUACCUGUUAGCAUUGUUAGCUCAACAUUAGCCUCUAGUCUGCUUUACCUGAUAACAGAAAAUGGUAAAUGGCCUGUAUUUGAUAUAGCGCCUUCUAGAGUCCUGGACCCCUCAAGGCGCUUUACAACACAAUCAGUCAUUCAUCCAUUCACACACACAUUCACACACUGGUGGGGAUGAACUACAAUGUAGCCACAGCUGCCCUGGGGCACACUGACAGAGGCGAGGCUGCUGAGCACUGGCGCCACCGGUCCCUCCGACCACCACCAGCAGGCAACGUGGGUUAAGUGUCUUGCCCAAGGACACAACGAUAGCGACAGACUGAGCGGGGCUCGAACCUGCAACCUUCCGAUUACGGGGCGAGCACUUAACUCCUGUGCCACUGUCACCCCCAUGUUUAGAAAAAAAACAUAACAAUGCCGUGGCCUCCUAGUGGUACAAGAAAUAACUUCUGGGUCGCUCCGGUUUACUGACUUCAGUUCUUUAAACAACUCUGGUGCUUUUACCUGGCCGGUGUCAAAUUACAAUUGCUGGCACUGCAGCGUUAGCUUGGCGCAGACUCUGCAUUCCUGCAGGCUCACAGAGUGUAAACAGUGACUACGUCCCAUUUUGACUAUUUUAAAAGGAGAAAAACUGGCAACCCCCCAGCAGAAUCAGAAGGAAAUUUCUUUCAAUUUAACCUUCCAGAUAUUAAACAGUUUUGUGAUUAUUUCCUUGUAAAAUUCUUACAUAUUGUUCCUUUGAAUUCUGAGCUGAAUUUUUGAAAAUAUUUGGAACUUUUUCCUACAAUCAUAACUUCUUUUCAGUUUCAGAAUUGUUUUAUACUUUAAAGCUUAUUCUUCAAAUUCAACAAUCAGCUGUUUUACUAAACGCUCGUACAUUUUAAACAGACAAUAAAUAAAUUCGGAUUUUUAUUCCCAAAGACUUUUUGAGUAAAAAACAGGAAAACUUCCUGUGAUCCACCUUGUUGUUGAAUAAAAAACAGGAAAACUUCCUGUGAUCCAUCUUGUUGCAUCCUAACCCUCAAGUUGGGACAAUCCAACAAAGAAAUGGCUCCUAAAUAACAAUAUAAUAUGGCCAAACCCCUUUUCCCACAGUGAAACCCCUUAAAAAAAUUACAUUGUGUAGAUUUACUUAUAUGCAAGUAUUAAACAGUACUAUCUUGAAAUUAGUGCGCAUGUUUUUGCCAAAAAUGUCUGACUGUAGAUGAUAUUAUUGAAGAAAAAAACUGAGGUUUAAAAAAAUUUACACACAAUAAUAAUAAACAUUCAAUGAUAUUUAUGUGUCUGUGGGCUUUUACCUCAAUGCAACCAUCUACAAUAUUGUAAAUUCACAAAGUUACAACCCAGCUGUGCAUCUGGUAUUAGCUGUGGCUGACUUUAUGCAAAUCCUGAAUAUAUAGCUUAUUUUUUUUAUUUAUUAUGAUUAGUUUAGCUUGUCCUAAUUUUAUUUAAUUCUGAAGUUGUGCCUAAUUAAUGUAAACAACACAAUCCUGUCUUUGUCCUCAGACGAUUGCAGUGUUGUAAUGAUGAUCGGAAUGUUUUGAUUGGUUGUGUUUCUUGCUUUUGGGUGCCCCAGCCUCUGCUUGUGUGUAUAAAUAGCAAGACCAACAAUCUUUGUGCUUUCUUUAUGUGGUUGUGUUCUGUGUUGACUGGUAAUUUUGUUCUGCUGACUGGAGAGAUGCUACAUGGUUAGCUUUAGUGUUAGAAACGUGUGGAAGACUGAAAAAUCAGGCAAUAAUUGGCGAGUCUGUCUUCUGUUUUAUUAAAGCAGAAACUUGCAGGAAAAUGAAUCAGAUCAAAAAGUAUUUUCUCCAGUAGAUGACACGGCUACUGCUGAGCAAGUGCAUUUUUAUGAGCGUAAAACAGAUUCAUGUCUACUGCCCUAAAGAUGAGCCCAGCUGAUGUCUGAGCCGGAUGUCGGUAGAUGAGUCCCGAAAGGUUAACGAAACAUUUUUUGGCUCACUCUUCACUAUAUUCAUCCUGUCAGUGAGCAUUUAGUCUUGUAAAUGUUUAUGGAGUAGUAGACCACAACUAUGACUCAGAGGCAAAUAUCUUGUGUUGUCUCUGCGAUAAAUGUGUUCUCGUGGAAAAUUAAUCUGACCCGUGCAUGAGCCAGAGUUUCUGCAGCCACCAAAACAAAUGACGGUGUGUUAGCCCGGGCCUAAUGGCAUCAGAAUGAAGAUUUUAACUCUGUUUAUUGGCUCUGAAACCAUUUUGUUGAGUAUUUUAUUGCUAGCUGAGAAAGUGUUCUGUUCUCAUAUGCAGGUAAAAUUGAUAACCAUGUUAUUACAGUUUAAAUACAUGCUUCACUGGAUUCAGACAGGACAGAAAGUGACCUUUUUAUUCCUUCUGCUGCCUCAUUAGUUUGUCUUUUUAAAACUAGUUUCCCUGAUGGUUGGUGGGAGUAUAACCUCUAAAUAUAAAAGAUUUUUAGCCGUUUUAUUGAUAAUGUGACAUGUUACCCAUGCUUCCUUUAUAGGAGUUCUGGGAAAUUUCUGGGAGGUGGGAAGGUGACAGGAAUAAUGUCAUGGCUCAGUCCUCUCAGGUCAGCAUAUUGCAAACGUUUCAGCAGUGAGCGAUGUCGCUGAUCAGCACCAAACGACGUCCUCGAGCAUUAAUAAAACAUUCGGCUAAAAGUUUCAUUUAGUCAGAAUAUAUAAUUUAAUCCAUUCAAGAGACAGAAAACACCGUUUGAGAUGUGAAAAGAGGCUCUGAAUGACCACAAGAUGUGCUUAUUUAGUUUUCUUUACAGUAUUUCCAUAAAACAAUGUGACGUUCGGUGUUCGGAGGGACUUCUGAAGCAUUGUUCGGCGUUAGGAGUUUAGAAACAGUGAUUUUACAGUAGCGUGAAAGCUGCUUACUUUCUUUUCCUUCCUUUCUGCUUCACCAAAAACUCUUCAGAUCCUACAUAUCAUGAUUGUUGAGCAAAGUCCUCCGACAUCAUUUCCCACUGACUUACAACCAAUCAGCAUGAAGUCCAGAACAAUUCAAUUCGAUUAAAAAAUACUUUAUUAAUCCCAGAGGGAAAUUGAUUGCUGUAGUAGCUCAGAAUAAUAAUAAUCAAGUCAUCAAAGAGUUAUUGUAUAUUACAAUGGCUGUUGGCAGGAAGGAUCUCCAGUAGCGGUCAGUGUUGCAGCCAAACUGAAGAAACCUCUGACUGAAGACACUCUUGCGUUGUCGGACAGUCUUGUGAAGAGAAUGCUCAGGGUUGUCCAUCAUUUUCUUGAUUCUCUGGAGAAUCCUUCUUUGCAUUAUCUCCUCCAGCGGUUCCGAAACUGCCGAAACUCUGGCUGAGUCCUUGAAAGGGCUUGGAGUUCCUCCAUCUUGUUGGCCAGUGAUCUCACAUUGCCCAUUAUGAUCGAUGGAGGAGAUGGUUUGAAUUUCCUCUUUGUCUCCGUUUUGCUCCCGCUCUGCACCCACGCUUCUUGCGUUUUAGCUCAUUUGGGAUUUGUGGCUUCAGUUGAGGUAUUAUUUCAGCCUUUCCAAUGUUAGUCAGCUGCUCCCGAUUGUAAACCAGCUUGUUGCCAUGGUUACGCAUCAUAACAAAUGCUCAAAAGUGGAAAAAAUAGCAGUAAAAAAUCCUCUAAGCUUCACAGCACCAGAAACAGAAAAAUAAAAUGUCCAAAAAAAUACCGUUUUCCUUGGGAAACUAGAAGAAAAAAUGUCCAAGAAAAGGCAAAACUUACAUAUAGUCAACAGAGCUACUCCAACAUGCAGCCGCCCAGAGCAGCGCAGUUCCGGAAAAAAAAAAAACAACCAAAAACGAACGUCUACUGGGUCUUUCCCGAGUACAUACCCCAGUUCCAGUACUGGAUUGGUACCUUAAAUCUCCUCUUGGUCAUGUGAAUGCAACGAAGGUCUGUUUGGAAUUACCCAGAAAUUCCUAUAGUGGAAAAGGCCUAUCAAAAACCUCAGCGGCACAUAGAAAGCACACUUCUGCAUGCUUGAUAUAUAUAUAAGUAAUUCCCCUAAUAGAGAACGCCGUUUGCAGCAGGAGAAAAUUGCACACAUAACUUUUGUGCAGAAAGUACUUUAAGUGGUUCUAAAGAGAAACAGCUAAAAUGCAUCUGUAACACACUGAAAUGUAAAACAACAUAAUUGCUUACAAUGAUGUAAAAUAAGUUGUAACUGCAUUCGGAUUUAGAUGAGUCAGCCUAUUAUAACGUGAGCAGGCCAGGGUUUCUUUCAGCCAUAUUUCUUCUUCCCUCCGUGCAGCCAUGAUUUAGACGUUAAAACCAACAUCUAUUCAUCUAAACCACUGAAGUGUUUCCUCUCUUUUCCUCCUGGCGUUCCUUUCAUCCUUCUUUCUGCCACCCCAGUGGUUUGAUGGAAACAUUCGGUCUGUGCCAACAAACACAUCAUGAGCGCCCAAUGCCCUCUCGCUGGAGACAGCACCAUAAAGCCGACACCGGAGUAACAAGGACAAGUGAGGAGAACUAGACCCUGAGCUCUGGAACAAAUACAAACACCUCCUCGUACGAGAAAGACGUCUGCCUAUAUCUUCCAGUGACAGUACAGACAUGAACUCAUUUGAGUCAUCCUUUCCUUUUAACAUAAAACAAUAUUACAGACUAAAGAAAUAGGUCUGCUCUGCUAGUUUGUGGUUUUCUUUCCAAACGAGCUGAGGCAACGGAAAGAAAAUAGUGCAGGAGACAGAGCUGUCAAACUCAUUACAUCAGCCCUAUAGUGUGUCUUUCUGGAGAUAUGCUGCAGCCAAUAAUGGUUUAAUGUACUUUCUCCAGUCAGGUCCAGUUUAAAUUUGGAACAUAAUCACUACUUUAACCACUUUAUAGCAGAGAUUUACAGAACAGCGAUUAUUUGUGGUCUGAUCAUUUCUGCACGUGAGUUAGAAGCGUUACUAAAGCUUUUGGAAAACAGAUUUUGCACAAAGAGAAUGUAUUUUUGGAGUAAAUGAAGAUAUGCAAAUAACUUACUUUGAGUUCUGUUAUUGUUAUCGAGUGCCUGAUGUGCGCUGGUGUGUUUUUCUAAGCAUUGAGUACCUGCUCCCUCACGCUAUUCUGGGAACAAGAUAAAUGGCGUGAUUAGAUGAGUGGAUAUCCACGUUGUGGUUGCCAUGGCAAUGGGGUUGAGCAGGCGCCAGCUCUUGUGGUUAUAUAAAACAAUACUUGCAGUGGUGGAAGUGGAGGCACUUUGUUUAAUGGCAGAUGAAACAAUUAAAACAUCUGAUAAUUUAAAGUACACCGGCGUGUGGACACAACGACUUUAACGUGGCUGCUCACAAUGAGUCAGUCCACGAUAUAAUGUAAAACCCGUGUUUUAGUCCCGAGUUGGAAAUUUGGCUUCAGCUGCAGUUUUUAUUUUAGAUUUCUCCAACUGGAAGCUAAGAAAUCUGAUUCCCACGUUCAACUAAAUGCAGCAUGUUGUAAAGCAGUUGGAAAGAUCCAGAUGUGAUCACAGAUGUGCUCAGCACAUGUUGCUUGAUUUGGUGAAAUAAUGAUCUCUUUUUAUGCUUUAAAACUGUUGCAAGUCGUGUUUUACUCCAUUUUAAUUAGAAGGAGCUCAAUUUUAAAUAUUUUCAUGAUCAAAAAUUCCGUUUUAAUACUUUACUGAAAGAAAUUGGACAAACUUAGAAAAUAAUGAGCAAAGAUUUUAAUAGACGUCGGCCGACUGAUAAUGAGAUGUUUGAUGUUGAAUUCUGGUCUCAGAAAAAUAAGCAUUCAGCCACAAAUCAAAUCAAAUUGUAUUCAUGAAGCACUUUUCAUGCAACGAGUGCAACUCAAAGUUCAAGGAAGUUUUCACAAAGUGACAUGUUUCUUUUCCUUGUAUCUUCUUCAUAUUUCGAGCAUUUGCUUGUCUGUGUCUGUUCACAUCUCAAAAUGCUGAUAGAAAAUGGAAACGAGUCCCACUGAGAGCUCACUGGACCAGAUCUCAACGAUCCAGAUCCAAACCUCAACCCAGCCAAAACAAAGCAGUUUAAAGAUGAAAGCCUCAGAGGCCAUCGGUGGUUCAGCUGAGUGAUGAUCCCGCCUGACUGAGUGGAACGUCUUGGUUUUAUUUUUCUUUAUUAUUUCGUUAUGCAAUCUAACCAGAUGAACAACAGUUACUUUUCUCUUUGUAAACAGGAAGUGUGCUUCAAUGAUUAACUGGCUGUAAUUGUUGUUAUGGAGAAUUAUAUAUAUGUGGUCUGUAAAUCAAUGAUUAAAGAUAUUUUAAACGUU